AUGGACAACUGGUUGUUCGUCUACCUUGUCUCUAUCGUCAUUGAGCCUAUACUUUCAGACAACGCUCCUCAGUUCGUGUUCCCGAGGCCAUAUGGUGGUUCAACAGUCGAGAUUCCCGAAAACACAGAUAUAAAGAAGGUGAUACUCGAUCUGAAGGCCACCGACCAGGACAAGGACAUGUUAAAGUUUUCUGUUGUUGGGGAACACUCGUACACAUUCAAGUGCGCAGGCUCGAGCCUCGUUCUGAUGAAUCCAGUGGAUUACGAAGAGCAGUCACUGUACAACGUGCAAAUAAGAGCGUUUGAUGGGUCGUACGCAUCGGUCACUCAUCUCACUGUCAUAGUUACUGAUGUCAAUGACAAUGCCCCGGAAGUUGAUAGAAUUGACCCUCUAGAGAUACCGGAGCAACUACCGGAAGGCUCUGUCAUUGGUGCAAUAACAUCGGCACGUGAUGUGGACACCAAUGACAAGAUCACGUUUUCUCUAAAAGUGUGA